AUGGCUUCAACCCUCAAAUUGGUCUGUGCACUAUUCCUCCUCUGCCUUAUUGAGAAAGGAUACUGUCAUUGCGAGUCAGGAGAAUUUACAAUAGCGCAAGCCAAGACAGGAGCCGUUGUGUCAAGCAGACCAGAGUUCAGAGUGACAAUAAGCAACAAAUGUUCAUGCACACAACUGCACGUGACGUUGUCCUGCGAUGGAUUCCAGAGUGUAAAACCCGUUGGAGGAUUGACCAAAACUGGGUCUUCGUGUCUUGUUAACAAUGGCCAACCUAUAUAUGCACAAAAUACAUUCACUUUCACAUACGCUUGGGAUGCUGCUUUCCCAUUUAAGCCCCUCUCCUCAUCCGUUGCUUGUUCUUAA